AUAAAAGACGCAACGACACAACGAGAAAGACAGCGACAAACAGCAAGACAAACCAUGGGUAGGAAAACCAAAGGGUCGACCGUAUAUCGGUCGUCUCAUAACCAUCUUCAGGUGAAGAAAUCACUAGACAGAUUCCAUGAAGAACAAAGAAAACAACAGCAAGAAUAUAUCGAGAUGAAAAUCAAGAAUAGGCGAAAGCCAAUCGAGAUUGGCGUUCAAAUACAAUCUGGUCGCAAGAUCACCAUUACCUGCAGUCCAGAUGACACGCUGGAUGACGUACGAGAAAAGGUUGCCAUGAAGGAAGACAUCAGCCCAGACCAACAGGUAUUGAUGUUCAAUGGUAUCAAGCUCAUGGAUGGGGACAAUCUUGAGGACUUGGGAAUCAUCCAAGCUGCUACCCUCUUUUUGACUCUCCGAAACUGGGGAGGUUAG